CCAACAUGACCGUGAAGCUUCUGUUGUUGUUACUCUUUGUGGUUACCACUUGUGCCCACAGGAAUCGCUCGGCUCAUCACGAUGGUCCGCAGGACAUCAUUGUAAACGGAUAUCCAGCCUACGAGGGCAAGGCUCCCUAUGCCGUGGGUCUUCGGAUGAACAACGGAGCCGUGGGCGGAGGAACCAUAAUUGGCAACACCUGGGUCCUGACCGCCGCCCACUGCCUGACCACCGACUCGGUGACCAUUCACUACGGCUCGAAUCGAGCCUGGAAUGGUCAGAUCCAGCACACGGUGAACAAGGAUAACUUCUUCCGGCACCCGGGAUUCGGAAACAGUGCUGGCCAUGACAUCGGACUCAUCCGCACUCCCUACGUGGGCUUCACCAACCUGAUCAACAAGGUCUCCCUGCCCAAGUUCAGCCAGCAAGGAGAGCGAUUCGAGAACUGGUGGUGCGUGGCCUGCGGCUGGGGAGGAAUGGCCAAUGGAAGGCUGGCCGACUGGCUGCAGUGCAUGGACGUGCAGGUCAUUAGCAACAGCGAAUGUGCCAGGUCCUACGGAUCGGUGGCCGCCACGGAUAUGUGCACCCGGGCCACCGAUGGAAAAUCCGUGUGCGGCGGCGACUCUGGCGGCGCACUGGUCACACACGACAACCCCAUCCAAGUGGGCGUCAUCACGUUCGCUUCCAGCGGCUGCAAGAGUGGACCCUCGGGCUACACCCGUGUCUCCGAUCACUUGGACUGGAUCCGCGAAAAGUCGGGAAUAGCCUACUACUAACUUGGAAACUGGACCAUGGCUAAAUUGAAAUGAAUUCUACAUCCAACCUAUAUAUUCAGAUAUAUUGCAAUGUAAAUGUACCUA